AUGCUCAAAUCCUUCUCAUCAAUACCUUGCAACAGAACAAGCAUUGGUAAUUUUAUCCAAUUAGGAUGUAUCCACGGCCGUGGAACAACAAAGAGGCUCACAAGCACGUUGAGAUUGUUUCAUCAUAAUAUUAUAGUACAAGAAUCCACAACAAAUUCAUCUCUCCGAGAAUCUAAAACACUCCUCAGUCGUAACUUGCUUUCCCGAACACCAGCCGAGUUCACUUCAACAUACAAUAACAGCCAACCUUCUAGAGUGCUAAUAGCACAAAGUGUUCACGACAACAAAAUAAUUUUAAUUUAUAUUGUAGGAGCAUGUAUAAUUUGUCUGACUGGUAUUACUCUUUAUCAUAUCUAUUUUAUCAACACAGUACCAUUACAUACACAUGUACCAGAGAACAUGCCUUCGGUAGAUAUUCUAAGCUUGUCAGAAGUCAAAAGCCAGAUUAAUGAAGAAAAACAGAAAGCUGGUCAAACUCCUAUUGUUAUGAUGAAAGCCGUGCCAGAGGAGCACAAAUUACCAUUGACAGCCGUAUUUCUGGGAAUUAAUGCGUUUUUCUGGGUCAUGGUAUUCAAGGUUAAAUCAAGAAUGAUUUCUCGCCUCUAUGUUAACAAUCCUAAUCACUACGUAAAAUUCAAAAAGCAGUACAUGAUGAAUACUGCAGUGUCAAGAAGAAACGGAGAUGAACAAGUGUCCUUACCUCAACAAGGUCAAACUCACCAAGUUUCUUCUACAAGUAUUCCACUACCCAUUUUACUUCAACAGCAACAACAAAGAUUACUCGAUGAAUUAUCAUUUACUUGCAACACUCUGGACAAAAUACUUCCUGGCAAGGAGGUCACUUUUUCCGCAAAGGAUGUACUGUUUUCUGAAAAUGAUGGUACCUUUGUCUAUUUGAGAGUUGGGGAUGAGCAAAAUUUCAAACGGUAUUUUUAUUGUGCCCAAGACAAGGAAGAGAGUAAGGAACUGGCUGAGUUUAUGAAGCAAGUCAGUUCUCACAGAUCACAACAAUAA